AUGGAGGUGCUCAAUCUGUUCAGCUACACUGGAGGGAUUGCUGCCGCGGCGGCGUGCGGGGGGGCCGCGAGCGUGUGGAACGUCGACUUCUCCGCUAGCGCCCACGAGGUUGGGAGGGCGAGCUUGAAGCUCAACGCGGGCUCGGCCGGAGAGUGCAAGUGCGAGUGGAUGAAGCGGGACGUCUUGCCGACUAUCAGACAGCUGGCCGGUACUCCGACCAAGGACUACCGAGCGGACAGGCGCGGCCGAAACGCGAAAAUAUCGGGGGGGAGACACAGCCGGGACGCGGGGGGGCGGUUCAACCAGGGAGGGUACGCAAACCGCAAUUCUCGAGGCGGCGGCGGCGGCGGCGGCCAGCGGGGGGGGCGAGGCAGCGGCGGGCGAUCCAACGGCUACGGCGACGAGAGGGGGGGUCGGUCAGGGGGCGAGCAGGGGAGGGGGGGCGGAGAAGAGAAGGACUUGAAAGCCAAGCAGUUCGACUUGGUCUUCUUGGACCCCCCGACGUGGUCCAAGUCCAAGCACGGGGCAGUAGACCUUGUCAGGGACUAUCAGACGCUGUUCAAGCCGUCACUGCUAGCCACCAAGGAAGGGGGAGUCAUCGUUGCUACCAACCACGUGUCGACGGUGGACUGCGCGGAGUGGGUGGAGAAUCUUUCGAAGUGCGCCGCGAAAGCGGGUCGAACGGUGGAUUCCGUCCAAGUCCUGCUCCCCGAGGAUGACUUCCCCAGCCCGGAUGGUAGACAUCCGCUCAAGGUCGCCAUCGUGCACGUUUGACGUGAAUGAGAGGUGGUGGUGGUGGUGGGGGCGUCAUAGCGAUGUAGAACACCCACUCAAGGUCGGGGGGGGGGGCGGGGGAUCGCGAUGUAGAACAUCCGCUCAAGGUCGCCAUCGUUCACGUUUGACGUGAAGGAGAGGUGGGGGGGCAGCAUUAGGGAUGUAGAGCAUCCACUCAACGUUGCCAUCGUUGACGACGCGGAUGACAGGUGGGGAGGUGGCACGUCGAUGACAAACGUAGAGAAGGCGGGCACACGCGGUUGGCGCUUGUGCAACAACGAAACGAACGCGUUACAACAGCAGUGUCGGAUAUUCAUGUCUCCGCUAGUUCCUCAGUCGCUACAAGUAAGUGUCGAUGAUCUUCUCUUCUUGCCCAGCACGCCAGGAGGAGCUUCGUUCGACGUUUUCCUCGGUGGGGGCGGUGGGAGGAGGAAAAUCUUCCAAUCAAAGUCGUCGUCCUUGUUGUUGUGCACCGUGUCCCACGGCAAUCUGUUUAACAUCGUGCGGCUAGGGGAGCGGCGGGGGAGGGGCGCUAGUUACCAAUCUUUACCCAAACAGCCAGGAGGAAUAAUAGUGUUUGUUUGUGGUGCAUCCAAUUCAAAGACCUUCUUUU